AUGGCGGUGGCAAGGAAAAUCAAAACUUUGUUGACGGUGAACAUCUUGGUUUUCGUGGGCAUCAUCCUCUUCUCGGUCUACUGCAGGAUCCAGGACCGCUCCCAGGAGCUGGUGCAGAUCGUCCAGAGCGCCGACCGACGGAUGAGGGGACGGAAUGCCAAAGUGGGCGCCCUGCUGGACAGGGAGGCCAUCCUGCAAAGGUUGGACCAUCUGGAGGAGGUGGUGUACAACCAGCUCAAUGGUCUAGCCAAACCAAUGGGAUUAGUUGAAGGCCCAGGCGGUUUGGGCCAAGGAGGAAUGGCUGCCACACUGAGAGACGACAGCCAUGAAUCCGAAACGAAAUAUGAAGAAUAUGGUUAUAAUGCGCAACUGAGUGAUCGGAUUUCAUUGGACAGAUCUAUUCCAGACUACAGACCCAAAAGGUGCAAACAGAUGUCCUAUCCUGAGGACCUUCCCCAAAUCUCAGUGGUCUUUAUUUUUGUAAACGAAGCCUUGUCUGUCAUCCUACGCUCAGUUCACAGCGUUGUGAAUCACACGCCAUCCCACUUGCUCAAGGAGGUCAUUCUGGUGGACGACAACAGCGAUAAUGUUGAGCUGAAGUUUAACUUGGACCAAUAUGUCCACAAAAGGUACCCAGGUUUGGUGAAAAUAGUGCGCAAUAAUAAACGAGAAGGCUUGAUCCGAGCAAGAAUCCAAGGAUGGAAAGCUUCAACGUCCCCAAUCGUUGGUUUUUUCGACGCUCACGUUGAAUUCAACACCGGCUGGGUAGAACCGGCCCUGACCCGGAUUAAAGAGGACCGCAAACGGAUUGUCCUACCAGCUAUAGACAACAUCAAGUACAAUACUUUUGAAGUGCAACAGUAUGCCAACGCUGCCCACGGCUACAAUUGGGGUCUUUGGUGCAUGUACAUCAUUCCUCCACAGGACUGGCUGGACAGAGGAGAUGAGUCUGCACCUAUCAGGACGCCGGCCAUGAUUGGGUGUUCGUUUGUGGUGGAUAGAGAAUACUUCGGAGAGAUUGGCCUGCUCGAUCCUGGCAUGGAAGUUUAUGGAGGAGAAAACAUUGAACUCGGUAUGAGGGUCUGGCAGUGCGGCGGGAGCAUGGAAGUCCUCCCUUGUUCCCGCGUGGCUCACACUGAGCGCACGAAGAAGCCGUACAACAACGACAUUGACUAUUACGCCAAGCGCAACGCCCUGCGGGCGGCCGAAGUGUGGAUGGACGACUUCAAGUCCCACGUGUACAUGGCGUGGAACAUACCAAUGACGAACCCCGGCGUUGACUUCGGAGAUGUGUCGGAACGGGUUGCUUUACGGCAGCGUCUGCAGUGCCGGAGUUUUAAGUGGUACUUGGAGAAUGUCUAUCCUGAAAUGAGGAUUUACAACAACACCAUCACGUACGGAGAGGUACGCAACAGCAAAGCUAGCGGCUACUGCUUGGACCAGGGCGCAGAAGAUGACAAUAAAGCGAUACUCUAUCCAUGCCACGGAAUGUCUUCCCAGCUUGUCCGUUACAGCACCGAAGGAUUGUUGCAACUGGGCCCGCUGGGAUCUACGGCAUUCCUCCCUGACUCAAAAUGUCUCAUAGAUGAUGGGAAAGGAAGGACCCCCGCCUUGAAGAAAUGCGAAGAUACGCUGAGACCAACUCAGCGACUCUGGGACUUUACACAGAGUGGACCAAUCAUCAGCCGAGAUACUGGCCGGUGUCUAGAAGUAGAAAUGUCUAAAGAUGCCAACUUUGGACUUAGAUUGGUAGUACAGAGAUGCUCGGGGCAAAAAUGGAUGAUCCGAAAUUGGAUCAAACACGGAAGGCACUGAUUUCCCAGCUUAAAAGAACAUGGAUAAGGACAUCUC